AUGACAAACCCUAUGCCAGUGCCGUCUUCGCCGGAAGACACCGCGAAGGCCGACACGGCCCGGGGUGCCAAGAAUGACAGCGAGAAUCUCAAGGCGCAGCUUCCGUCUCAGCUCGUCAAUCAGGCUCAACCUGAGAUUUACUUGGAAGCACUAGUGCGAUAUCCAAAUGACGAAUCUAUUGACCAGGCCGACGAAAAGCGCCUUGUGCGAAAGCUAGACAUGCGCAUCUUGCCGUUGCUGGGCAUAUGUUACUUUUUUUACUACGUUGACAAGACGACCCUUUCAUACGCUGCAAUAUUCGGCCUGAAAGAAGGGCUCGGCCUCAAAGGGGAGGAGUAUGCCUGGCUAUCGUCGAGCUUUUAUUUUGGCUGGCUGAUAUGGGCCAUUCCAUCCAAUCUCAUCAUGCAACGAAGCCCUCCUGCCUACUACCUCGCUUUCAACAUCUUUAUGUGGGGAGCUCUUCUAAUGGCUCAAGCGGCGGCCGUCAACUUCGCGGGGUUACUUGCUUUACGAAUAUUAUCGGGCGCGUUCGAGGCCAUUGCAGACCCGGCCUUUAUGCUUAUUACUUCCAUGUUCUACACCCGCGCUGAGCAGCCCAGCCGUAUCUCGGCGUGGUAUGCGUGGAAUGGGAUCGGUGUUGCGGGCGGUGGACUCAUCGGGUACGGAAUCGGCCACAUCAAAGGCUCCCUAUCAUCGUGGCGGUAUGAGUUCGUCGUGGUGGGCGCGUUUUGCUCAGCCUGGGCCGUGGUGCUCGGGUUAGGCUUCAACACGUUCCAGACGGCGCUCUUGGGGAUCCCGCAGGGCGUGCUGGUUGUGAUUUGGAUUGGGCUGGGUGCUGUCGCCAACAGGUUCAUGCCCAACAACUGCCGCACUCUGAUCUGUGCCUUGUUUAUGAUUCCAACGAUUGCAGGCGCGCUUGGCUUCUUGCUUGCGCCUGCUGAUGCCUAUGUUGGGCGUUUGGUGUGCUUCUACCUCACAGGCUCCUACCAAGCCUCCUUCGUCAUCUCUCUGUCCCUUAUCACGUCCAAUACGGGCGGUCAAUCCAAGAAGAUGAUCGUAUCAGGCAUGAUUUGGUUCGGCGCCUGCAUCGGCAACAUCGCUGGCCCCUUCUUCUACCGCUCCGACCAGGCGCCCAAGUACCCUCUCGGCAUCGGCAGCCUGCUGGUGGCAAAUUGUGCCGAGCUAGCUCUGUUCUUCGUGUUUCGGUACGCUUUCAUCUGGGAGAACAAGAAAAAGGAGCGCCAAAGGGAGGCGUUGAGGGCUGAGGGUGGAGGGUUGCUGGCCGGUGAGGAUGAGACGGCUUUUAUGGAUCUGACUGAUGGGGAGAAUCCCAACUUUACAUAUAUUUAUUAG